CGGGGAGUCCCGCGGCCCAUUCGCGAUCGACGGCGGCGGCGGCAGCGCGGGGCUCGGCGGCUCUUGGCCCCCCGCGGGCAGGGCUUGUCAGCGGCGGCUGCCCCCUCCCCGGCGAUGAAGGCGAGCCCCGCGGCAGCCGCCGCCGCCACGGCCACGGCGACCGGGCCGGGGCCGGCGGGUGGACCGCGGGAGCCCGAUGCCCGCUGGAGGGAGAAGGGCGAAGCGGAGGCAGAGCGGCAGCGCACCCGGGAGCGGCUGGAGGCCACGCUCGCCGGACUGGGCGAGCUGGAGUACCUGAGGCAGCGGCAGGAGCUGCUGGUGAAGAGUCUCCUGCUGCAGCGACCGGUGGGCGGCGUGCCCGGGGCGCAGGGUGGCCGCGGCGAGCCGCCGGGCGAGGGGCCGCCGCCGCGCAGCCUGGAGGAGAAGUUCCUGGAGGAGAACAUUCUGCUUCUGCGGAGGCAGCUGAACUGCUUGAGAAGGAGGGAUGCUGGCCUACUAAAUCAGUUGCAAGAGCUAGAUAAGCAAAUAAGUGAUCUCCGCCUGGACGUGGAGAAAACAGCAGAUGAACACCUUGAGACAGACAGUCGUCCAAGUUCAGGGUUUUAUGAGCUGAGUGAUGGAGCUUCUGGAUCGCUCUCCAAUUCAUCUAACUCUGUCUUCAGUGAGUGUUUAUCCAGUUGCCAUUCUAGCACUUGCUUUUGCAGCCCUUUGGAGGCAACACUGAAUAUCUCAGAUGGACGCCCUAAAUCUGCAGAUCUCAUAGGCUGGAUGGACUGUAAUAAGGAAGGCCAGCAUGAGGACCAGACCGCAGGCUCUGUCUGUCGCUCUUUGUCCACACCGCACUCAAAUUCCCUCGAUGUCGUUGCAGAUGUACACCCAAAGUACCAGUGUGAUCUGGUGUCUAAAAACGGGAAUGACAUCUACCGCUACCCCAGCCCACUCCACGCCGUCGCUGUGCAGAGCCCCAUGUUUCUUCUCCCCGUGACUGAAAACCCCCAGCGAGAAGAGGAAAGGCUUGGCUGUGAUAUUGGCGACGUUUGUGCCGGAUCUGAAACGGACUCAGGGAAAUCCACCAACACCUUUCUCCCGCAGAGCUCCUGGCAGGCACCGUGCCCUUCCACCAGCAAGAGGAUAGAUGGUUACAUCUUAAGCCUGGUUCAGAAGAAGACUCAUGCGGUAAGGACUAACAAACCGAGGACAAGUCUCAAUGCUGACCCCACCAAAGGCAUCCUGAGGCAUGGAAGUAUGUGUGUCAGGCAGCCUGCAGGGGUGGUGGCUCAUGGUAACAUUGUGAACCUGAAGAGCUCCAAGCAAGCGUGCUUGCCUGGUGGGACAGCUGCUGUGGACCACACAACACCCUCCCCAUUAAAGCAGAGGCCAAGGGAGCCAGCUGGUGAGCAGCUGGAUAGCAGGAAGGCAUCUUUGCCGGUGGCUUUCCCGCCUGGUGCAACCAGUGAACUUCAGAGCAAGCACCUGUCCCGUGGCAUCAAACCAGCACCUCCAGAGCUCAACCGCAAUGCAGCGGCAGCAGCGGCGGGGGAUGUCCCCAAGGAGAAUGGCCAGCUCUUUGCCACAUCUCCCAAAGAGAGCCCGGGGAAGCCUGUGGUGCUGCAGCCGGAGAACAGGGUCAGUCAGGCUCCCAAAAAAGCCCUGCUGAAGAGCAGCUUGCAGGUGGCUCGCUCCUCAUCGCCUGCCGUUGAAGAGAGGCCCGCGCUGGAUUUCAAAAGCGAGGGCUCUUCUUCCCAGAGCCUGGACGAUGGCUUGCUGGUGAAUGCCCAGUACAUACCGGCUCAGCAGCAAAGCGUGAAGCUGCACAGAGGCACCCGGAACGUCAAGAUUCUGAAAAGCUCCAUGCUGAAGCACAGGCCCCACCUGGCCAACGGGCUGGAGAGCGGUUCGCAGACGCUGCGGGAGAAGAGCAAGGCCGCCGGCAAGAAGUGCCGCUUCCCCGACGACUUGGAUACAAAUAAGAAACUGAGGAAGCCCUCCUCGCGCGCCAAGAGAGGCAGCGGCUCGCAGCCGGAGUCCGGCCCGCAGGCUCGGCAGGCUGGCCUGCACAAGUCCGCCGCCCGAUCCCACGGGCACGGCCGAGAGGUUGUGGUGGCCAAGCCUAAACACAAGCGGGCCGACUACCGCCGCUGGAAGUCAUCGGCAGAGAUUUCCUACGAGGAGGCCCUGCGGCGGGCCAGGAGGAACCGUCGGGAAGGCGUAGGGGUCUACUCGCAAGUCCCCCUGCCCUACGUCAGCCCAUACGCCUACGUGGCCAGCGACUCAGAGUACUCCGCGGAGUGCGAGUCCUUGUUCCACUCCACCGUGGUGGACACGAGCGAGGACGAACAGAGCAACUACACGACAAACUGCUUUGGAGACAGCGAGUCGAGCCUGAGCGAGGUGGAGUUCAUAGGGGAGAGCACCACCACCAGUGACUCCGAUGAGAGCGGGGGGCUUAUUUGGUCUCAGUUUGUCCAGACGCUCCCCAUCCAAACAGUUACGGCCCCGGAGCUGCAUGAAAAUGCAGCGAAAGCCUUUGUCAAAAUCAAAGCCUCCCAUAACCUGAAGAAGAAAAUCCUCCGCUUUCGGUCAGGUUCCCUGAAGCUCAUGACAACUGUCUAGGGAGGCGACGCUUGCUGGAAUGUAUCUGCUUCUGCUUUUGGAAGCAAGGUGCUUUUGUGUACAUAUCUCCACAGAUUUUUUUUUGGGGGGGGUUUGGUUUGGUUUUGUUUUGUUUGGGUGUUUUUAUAUAUAUAUAUAUAUAUAUAUAUACACAAAUAUUUAAAACUUAAGGUAAAUUAUGUCACUUGUCUUCAGAACUUGGGUGGAUACUAGUGCCUUUUUAUGUGGAAAUAAAAGAACCUUGUACUCAUAUGAAAAGAACCCACCAAAAAAAAAACAACCCCUGUAACACUGCCAUUUCAGUGCUGAGCAGCCUCCAGCCCGUGGUGUCAGAAUGCUUGGGAUAAAAAGGCUAAUCCUGGGAAUGGGUUUUCCUUGCCGAGCUUUUACAGUUCUGGGUCUUAGCCAGGAUAUUGACAGCUUGAUGUCGUAAGUUUUUAGGGAAUUAGGGGGAGGGAGUCUGUUUGAUCUUCCUGUUUUUGUUUGUCCCAUUCUGCUUGCUUAGCUGUUUCAGUUCUGGGUCUUAGCCAGGAUAUUGACAGCUUAAUGUCAUAAGUUUUUAGGGAAUUAGGGGGAGGGAGUGUGGUUGGUCUUCAUGUUUUUGUUUGUCCCGUUCUGCUUGCCUAGCUGUUUCAGUUCUGGGUCUUAGCCAGGAUAUUGACAGCUUAAUGUCAUAAGUUUUUAGGGAAUUAGGGGGAGGGAGUCUGGUUGGUCUUCAUGUUUUUGUUUGUGCCAUUCUACUUGCCGAGCUUUUACAGUUCUGGGUCUUAUACAGGAUAUUGACAGCUUAAUGUCAUAAGUUUUUAGGGAAUUAGGGGCAAAAGAGCCUGGGUGGUCUUCAUGCUUUUGCUUGUCCCAUUCUGCUGCUCUCAUUACCACAUCUCGAGCUUCUUCGUAGAAUCAUAGAAUCAACCAGGUUGGAAGAGACCUCCAAGCUCAUCCAAUCCAAUCUGGCUCUAGAAUAGACUCUGUGUAAACUGUCACUAAAGAAGUACACCCCUGAAGGCUCAGGCAUCCGUUUCAUACAACUGUAAUCAUAGAAAUCAUAGAAUCAACCAGGUUGGAAGAGACCUCCAAGCUCAUCCAGUCCAAUCUGGCUCUAGAAUAGACUCUGUGUGAACUAUCACUAAAGAAGUACACCACUGAAGGCUCAGGCAUCCGUUUCAAACAACUGAAAUCAUAGAAAUCAUAGAAUCCACCAGGUUGGAAGAGACCUCCAAGCUCAUCCAAUCCAAUCUGGCUCUAGAAUAGACUCUGUGUAAACUGUCACUAAAGAAGUACACCACUGAAGGCUCAGGCAUCCGUUUCAAACAACUGAAAUCAUAGAAAUCAUAGAAUCCACCAGGUUGGAAGAGACCUCCAAGCUCAUCCAAUCCAAUCUGGCUCUAGAAUAGACUCUGUGUAAACUGUCACUAAAGAAGUACACCACUGAAGGCUCAGGCAUCCGUUUCAAACAACUGAAAUCAUAGAAAUCAUAGAAUCCACCAGGUUGGAAGAGACCUCCAACAUCAUCCAGUUCAACCUUGCACCCAGCCCUAUGCAGUCAUGCCUAGACCAUGGCACUUAGUGCCUCAUCCUGUCUUCUUCCUCCUGGUAGUCUGGCCUGGUUUGUUGGUUCUUGGUUUUGUUUACUUUUCUUGUUGAUUCCCUUCUUGAAGAUUCCCUUCUUGAAACUCAUCUCUGUCCUCCCCCAGCCUUCCCCUUCCAGGAUAAAGGCUCCUGUUCAAUCUGACUCCAGGGUUAAGUCACCUUCUCUGGAGCGCACUCUGCUCUGAUCUCCUGAGCGUCCUGCUGCGGACGGUGCUGAUGUUCACAGCAAACUGUUGGAGCAGCUGACCAAGGCUUAGUAACUUCAUUAUAUUGUGUAAAGCUGCCUUUGGAAACGUUAGAAGAAAACAACCCCAUAUGCAUGUCAUGGGCAUGAGUAUCAGUAGUUUUUAAUAUUCAUGUUGAUGUCCAAUUUGCUGUACAUCAUCAAAGGCUGUUUUUAUAUAUAUAUAUAUAUAUAUAUAUACCUAUCAUUGUGUAAAUUAAUAUAACACAUCAUAUGCUGUAAUAAACAGUCUGUUUUAA